AACAGAGAUGCUUUCUUCCUUGACUCACCGGGAACAGGUUAACAUUGUGGUUUUGAUGUAUCACCUCGAACAGAUGUCCAAUUUGCUUUCUUCUCUCACAGUCUUUAAGAACAAUUUCAUGUAUCAAACCGAUACAUAUCACUCCCUCCUCCAUGAUGUUUUAAUUUCACAGGUUCUUCAAAACCCUAGAGAUUUCCAUUUCAAUUUUAAUUUGGAGGUUUCUCUGGUGAUCAAUUACGACCUUCCAAAUAACCGAGAGCUCUACAUUCAUCGUAUUGGUCGAUCUGGUCAUUUUGGACGAAAGAACUGCUGUCUGAUGACUCCACUAGCAAGGGUGGUCAUUAAGUAUUUAUCUAACCCUCAUGGAUUACAGAUCGUCUACUCUGGAGCUGUUCUKGAGGUAUGCAUGAGGAAGCUUUUGUUUUAUCCAGAAAUAGUUAGUUUCAUAGAAGAUGAGAAGGACAAGUUUCCUUCUGUUAAAGUGCACUAUGCAUUUAAUGCUCCACCAAAGUUGAUCAUGUUGGAUGGUGCUGGACAACGUAAAGAAAUCAUAAGGCAGGUGCUGUUGUGCAUUGCUGCCAUGUACUGUUACUUGUUGACCAAAUUGGCUUUUCAGGGGUUUGAUGUGAUCUGA